AUGGACGGUGUGUCCACAAAUGUUCCUUGUACUAAUCGGAAAUGCAAACGACUUUUGACACCUCUCCACUUUGAACAAUUUUUAUGCGAGGUUUCCCAAGGCCAUCGUUAUGUAUCUUCUUUGCCUUCAGAGUAUGUUGCUCCGAAUCCGGCGAAGGAGUUGGAUGAGGCAUGUCGACUUAUAGCCAAUGUUGAGAAUAUCAUAUAUAUUGUGCUUAGACAAGAGCUUAAGUUCUUUGAUGGCUUGUUAACCUUGCGAGAUCGGUUUCUUGGCGCCAAUAUCACUCUAUGGUUUGCCAAAGGUAUGAAGCUUGCUAGUGAAGAGAUGUUGUUGAAGGUUGGGGAAAUGUAUGUUGAUUUGUCUAUUCAUUAUAAGGACAUUGUUGCUAAUAUUGUCGUGUUGGAGCAUUAA